AUGUCCAACUUAGUUAACAAGCAAUUCCCAGCCGGCGACUACAAAUUUCAAUACAUUGCUAUCAGCCAAAAAGAUGCAGACAGUGAGUCUUGUAAGAUGCCACAAACUGUUGAAUGGUCCAAGUUGAUCUCAGAAAACAAGAAGGUCAUCAUCACUGGUGCUCCAGCUGCUUUCUCCCCAACCUGUACUAUCAGUCACAUCCCAGGUUACAUCAGCUAUUUGGAUGAAUUGGUCAAGGAAAAGGAGGUCGACCAAGUCAUUGUUGUUACCGUUGACAACCCAUUUGCCAACCAAGCCUGGGCUAAGAGCUUAGGUGUCAAGGAUACUACACACAUCAAGUUCGCUUCCGAUCCAAACUGUGCCUUCACCAAGUCUAUUGGUUUUGAAUUGGCUGUCGGUGAUGGUGUUUACUGGAGUGGUAGAUGGGCCAUGAUUGUCGAAAACGGCGUUGUCACCUACGCUGCCAAGGAAUCCAACCCAGGUGCUGAAGUCACUGUCUCCUCUGUCGAAAGUGUCUUGGCUCAUUUGUAG